GACCGGACUAGUAAUACCGAUAGACAACAAUGAGUUCCUAAUGAAAUUCCUGCGGCCAUGCAAGUUUUAUGCAGAAAGUGCUUACAAAAGGAUACAAGCAUACUACAAAUUCCGGACCGCGCACUCCGACCAGUGCUAUGACCUGACACCAACUUCAGUCCGAGCUGCGUUCGACCACUCCAUCGUGUCAAUUCUAUCGCCAAGGGACCAGCACGGCCGCAGGCUAAUGCUCGUUGAGUCGGGUGCUAACUGGAACCCGCGGGACGUAUCCCUGACGGAGGUGUUCCGAGGGAUCCAGCUAGGCUUGGAGGCGGCUAUGGUGGAACCACUCACGCAGAUCAACGGGGUCGUCUCCAUACUGGAUAUGAAGGGGCUGUCGUUCUCGCAAGUCAUGCAGUUCACGCCUUCCUUUGCCAAGAUGAUCGUGGACUGGAUACAGGACUGCGUCCCGAUCCGUCUAAAAGCUGUGCACAUCAUCAACCAACCAUACAUCUUCAAUAUGCUAUUCGCGAUCUUCAAGCCUUUCUUACGCGAGAAGCUGCGCUCGCGCAUACACUUCCACGGGAGCAAUAAACAAUCGUUAUUGGCGCAUGUCGACGCGAGCGCGUUGAGGUUACGCCAUGGAGGCACCUUGCCUGACCCUGAGAUCUCCGGGAAGAUUUUGUGGCAAAUGCUCCGUCACUACGAGGAAGAUUUCAAAGCUGCCAACUCCUACGGCUACGUCAGCAACAACAACAAAACAAAGUGACCGCGCUGGCAUGCAGCACACGUCGCGGGUCACGGGACGCCCACGCGUCAUGACCUCCAGCGGGCGGGCCCUUAGCGUAUAAAGCCGCAAUUAUCAUACAUUAUGAUAUAGGGUACACUAUAAACCUACAUUUCGGGACCAUUUUGUACAAUUUAAGGUUAAACUGUACCUACCUUUUAGUUGAAUGUUCGUUUUAAGAAAUUUUUACUGCAGUUGAUUUGGUAGCGGGUUACGUCUUAGUAUUUUCUAUGAAAAAAGUGUUCUAACAGCCAAAUGGAUUUUGGUGUCAUGUAAGUAAAAUAAUAAUAAUGUAAACUUCAGGCAAUAAUAAAAACAACUAAGAAUAAAAACUUAAAAUUAUCACUCGUUACAAGUAAUAAAUUUAUUUAUUUUUGAUACUCAAGUUAUGAAAUGUGGUAAAAGGAUGUCAUUAUACUCGUGUAAGGUAAAUUAAAUAAAAUGUCCAAGUUCAAACUCUCAGUAUAGUGAACCAAUGUUAAUAGAUCCCUAUUGUAAUCGUUAUUUUAAUAAGAUAUAACAUAAUGUGACUGGAACUAACCAGGUUAUUUAUUAUAAUAUGACAUAGUAAGUCAAAUACUGUGAUUGGCUGUUCCAGUUACCAGUAUGUAUGGUAGACCAAAUUAUUAUGAAAGCAUUUUCAGAGCCAUGAAAUUGAGUUCUAUCAAAAUAUCAUCUGUGAUAAACAUAACAUUCACCAUAUCCAUUUCAUACAUUUUGAGUUCACAAACUUAGUUUUAUUAGGAUUUUAAUGCCAAUAGGUACGUAUUUAUAAUGUCGGAAAACUGUCUUGGUCACAUUUUCAUAGUUACGUCUAGGUAUAAGUAAGUUAUUAUAACUUAUAAAUUACGCCAAGUACGUAUUCAAUUCGAUUGAUCCUGUCUAAUCCAUAGGGUUUUUAACGCCCGUAUUCACAAAUGAUGCUUUCUUAUCAGUAAAUCGAACUCACAGCGUUGAAUAGAGUUCUGUGAUUGGUUCGUGUGUAAUUCUGUGCGCCUCAUAGUAAUGUUUGUGAAUACGGGUGUUAAUUUCUGACUGGUUGUGACCUCAGCCUAUUUACAACACUCACAAUGGAAAAAGAAGAUCAAAGUACGUACUAUGUAUUUUAGUUACCGUUUUAAUAAAUAUAACUUAUUGUUAAAUUGUGUACAAAUGCGGUUUUGGUUGUAUCGGUAAUAAUACAAUAAAAAUAAAACUACGUUUUAAAAAUAUUAUUUGUUUAUUAUUCUAAAUUUUAACAGACAACAUACCUUUUACACAAUAUUUAUUUUUUCUACCAGUUUUAUGAAAGAGUAUUGCCACCAUAUCUCGGGCAAUAAUAACUUUAAUUGCACUAAAUAUUUCUACUUCUUCUUUUUAUAAUAUUUUUAAUACAGUGGUUUCAUAAAAAUAAGGCAAGUAAAUGAAUUCGAUAACAAGGUUUGAUGAAUAAAACGUUGGUCUCAGUUCCUUGUUUUACUUAAUUUAUUAUUUGAGCUCAACCUAAAUCUACUUACCAAUAAUAGGGUAAAUAAUAUCACGUAAAACGUAGAUACCCUACUUUCAUUGAAUAGCCAAUUCUCAUAAAAUAUGUCUAAGUUAUGUAAUAUAGGAGCAACUAAAGUUUCAAUGAUUUUGAAUUAACUUAAAUAAUAUAUCAAAUACAAUAUUUAUAAAUAAGAAUAUAUCACAGCCUAUAGCAUAAUAUUAUAACUAAUUUCUUCAUGUUGAACAUUUAGGAUCUAUUUCAUAAACAUCUGUACUACUCGUCUAGAGCAUAUACAUAGAAUAUUAAACACAUCACAAUUAUACGCACACAUAUAAAAGAAACUCUACCUAACAGCAACAUCGACAUAUAAAACUAUAUUCCUCUAUGUGUAUAAACAAACAUGCUUGGUCUAUGACAUUAUGAAUAUACUUUUAUAUCACUUGAGGUAUUAUUUCUAAAUGGCAAUCAUUCUAAGAUAUUUUCUUCAU